CAUCAGCGUUGUUACUAUUCUGCUCGACAUCUUCAGUAAAUUGCCAUUUAUAAUGCUUUGCUGGCGGGGCGGCUCAGGGCUUGCUGAACGUCAUAUGGUGCUAUAGUGUGCGUAUUCACCGUUUUCCUUACAAUAAUAUAAUUAUCGAGGCGAAGCUUCCCGUGUGCCCUACGAACGAUUAACCUGAAUCUUCCGCCACGACGACCCGUUUCCAAUCCAUGAAGCUUUUUUCGCAUCGUUGAUACUUGGGGCUGGCGUACUUAGCUUCAAUUAUCAGUCAUGGUUUCGAUUGAUAAUUUUCGGCGGCCAGGGCCAUGCGUGUCGCCGUUUGCCGCUGUACCACCAACUUGUCGACCACCUGUCGCCACCAUACUGCACACCGCAGCCUCGUCCUACUCCACAGCUUCGACCGGCAUCCACGAUCAGUUGAAUGUCAUAGUACCCAGUUUAUUAAAAAGCAGCUUGCGACGUGGACCGAAGCCUUUCUCCGGAGCUGGCCAGCGUGUAACCAGGACCGCAACCCUUGCCACCAGUGUUGUUGAUGUGGCUGAAACGCACACCCAAACAAGGCAGAAGCUGCGCGCCCGAUCAGCCCAACCGCAAUCCGUGACGCAAACCCAACAGCUACGCCACCAACCGCAGCCGCUGCACCCGCCACCACAGCAGCUGUGGGAACCGCCGGCACAGCAGCACUGGCCAUCACAUGCGGAUGUUGAGGACGAGGAUGAGGACGACGAGGACGACUAUGAUGAUGAGGACGACUAUGAUGAUGAGGGCGAGGCAGAACCCGCGGGCGAAUGGAACCUGGGCGAGGGUCCCAGCACCGGUACCAACGCGAAUUGGUGGCAGCAUCAGGAACAUCAGGCUCAGGAGGAGCAGGCAGAUGAGCGACCACCUCAGCACCAGCACCAGCAAAUGCGCCGUGGUCAACAUGAGGAGGGUGAUGCCGUACGGCGCCUUCAGUCGUACGGAAGCCCGCAGGAGCCCCAACGGCAGCGGGAUGCAGGACAAGGAGGAGAGCGGCAGCAGCAGCAGCAGCAACAGCAGCGGCGACAGCAGCAGCAAGCGGUGGGCACCUCCAAUAGCAAGCAGGGAGGCCAGCGGCGGUACAAAGUGGACCCUGAGUUGCGAACAGGCUUGGCGCUGACGUGGCUAGGCACCAACUCGGGCGCUCCCACCCUUGAGCGCAAUGUCAGCUGCACGCUGGUGCGACUCCCCGGCGUGAUCCACAUUGUGGACUGCGGAGAGGGCACCCACCGGCAGCUGCUGUCGCUGCCGCCAGAGAUGAGGGCGCAGAUUGACGGUAUCUUCAUCACGCACCUGCACGGCGACCACUGCUUCGGUCUGGGAGCCACGCUGUUGCUGCUGGACCGGAUCAAGGCUCAGCAGGCGCGAAACCAGCAGCAGCAGCACCCGCUGCGGUAUGCUGUCGACCCAGAUCGGCUCCGAAACCACGUGUACGGCCCACCCGGUCUGGCGGACCUGGUGCGUGCCUCGCUGGUUUCCACGGGCGCCUGGCGGCGGCUGCAGCUGCCCCUGCUGAUCACCGAGCUGGUCUGCUCUCCCGCAUCCGCACACCCGCCGCGACCCCUCCUGGAGCCGCCAACCGCUGCAGCAGCAGCAGCAGCAGCAGCAGCAGCGGACAGCCGGCUGCAGGGGUACGCUGGAGGCGGUCCGGAUCUGCUGGUGCAGCGCUUGGCGGCGAAGAAGGUGGCGGAGUCGCCGGAGUUGCAGCCAGCCGUGCGUGCCGUCACGCCCCGGCUGGCCUCGCUGGAGACCAUCUGGCACCCGCCCGCCCGGUACCACCACCAGCGCUACGCAUACGCCAGCGAAGACGACUUUUACAGCAGCAUGGAUGAGGACCUGGAUGAAGUGAACAUAUCUCCGUCGCCCCCCUCCUCCUCCUCUUCAUCCUUUCCUUCUGAGGACGUCGGCAACAGUAGCAGCGGCGGCGGCGCAGGUCGUGACCAGGCCCUCCACCACCAGCAACAGCAAUACCAGCAGCAGCGGCGGCGGCAGUUUGUGGCAGCGGAGGGGCUGUACUGGGAACUGCCUCGGUGUGCGGGCACGAGCGUGCGAGCGGCGCAGCUGCAGCAUCGGGUGGCGUGUUGGGGCUAUGUGUUUCGAGAGGCGCUGCCGUACCGGCAGGGAGACAAGCGGCGCAAGGUUGUCGUGCUGGGCGACACGGUCUCCUCACGCCCCAUCGCCCCCCUGGCUGCCGGCUGCGACCUGCUGGUGCACGAGGCCACCUUUGCGGAGGGCAUGGAGGCACGUGCGCGCAUCGCGCAGCACAGCACGGGGCGGCUGGCGGGCGGGUUCGCGGCGGCGGUGGGGGCGCGCGUGCUGGCGCUGUCGCACUUCAGUGCGCGGUACCGCGAGGGGUUCCUCCACAAGGGAGGCGGCCCCCACGACGCCCACCGCUCCACUCGCCUCACCGACCGCCUUGAGCUGCAGCAGCAGCAGCAGGCGGUGGUGGGCCUGCUGCAAGAGGCGGCAGCCAGCUUCGGACGGCCGCCUGGCAGUUGCGUGGUCGCGGCUCGGGACUUCUUUACCUACCAUGUGCCGGUCAGGGAGGGAGCAGCAGCGGGUGCGGGUGCGGGGGUGGGAGCUGGGGGUGCGCAGCAGAGGGCAGGUGCUGGGGAGGAUGUCGGGAGUUUUGAGCUGGGGUCGCCGAGGAGCCGGCAGCAGAGGGGCGUCACCCGGUGGUAGUGGAGAUGAGGAUUAGUUGUUGCUGCUGUGGCUGCAGGAGUGUGUUGCAGGGGUGUGGGGGAUGUGAAAGGGGAAAUGAGUGCAGGAGGACAGACAAUGGAACAGGCAUUGGACAAUGGAGGUGUGCCCAGUUUCGACGACGAGCGGGCUUGUAGGCUGUGGUGGUAAACAUCUGGACGGGUGGUGGUGAUCAGCUGAGCGGAGGAGGUACAGCGACCACGUGUGUCGGAAAAGCGUGUGGCUGUGUGUAGUACUGAUUGUCAGCUGUGUGCUGCAACUCGCAGAACCUGAACUGUUCAUUGGGUUUGUUCAGUCUUGCGAUGUCGUUUUAAGGGCACAUACUGUAAUGUUUGCAGCACGU